AUGAAUAUAACGGAUUUCUAUAUACUCUUUAUUCUAUUGUAUUAUUAUGUACAGCCUGUUGUAAAUAUCAGAACCAAUCAUUUCGAAUGUCCAAAAAGAUGCACCUGUAUUCCGGAUGUAGCUGAACCGGAUCGUUUUGUUAUAAGCUGUAAAUGGUCAUCAACAACAAUAACAUCUACCAAUAAAUGGAAACAACAAAUAUUCGCUCAAUUUCCAUUAAAUAGUACAAAAACUCUUAGUAUUGAAUGCGACGAUGAUUCAUCCUCAAUAACAUCGAUCAUUUUUGAUGAAAAUUUAUUUCAUGGAUUUAAAAAUUUACAAAAUUUACGGAUACAGAAAUGUCGGACGAAUACUUUUCCCAAUUCUCUACUACAUCAACUUACCAAUUUACGAUCAGUAUAUUUUAAUCAAUUAAAUGUUGCAAAUGAAAAGCUCAUAUUACCGAAUGAAUUUUUCCGGAAUAAUAAACGAUUGGAAAAACUCACUAUUGUGAAUUGUAAUUUGGAAACUUUGCCUGAUUCAUUAAUCUGUGAUAAUCCUUAUAUUCAGGUCGUAAAUGUUUCACAUAACUGGUUACAAACUGCUCGUUUAAGUGCCAACUCUGAUGAUGUUAACAUUGAUAACAACGCUGGCUCAAUAUUUAAAUGUAACAAGAAAGCGGAACAAUUGAUAAUCUUCGAUUUAAGCUAUAAUCAUAUUCGAUCUAUUGAUGACAAUGAUUUCAUACAACUUGUCGCUAUACGACAACUUUUAUUAGCUAAUAAUCAAAUUACUGUUAUUAGUCGUAAUGCACUAAAAGCUUGCUCAUUAUUACAACAAUUACAUGUCGGAAAUAAUAGCAUCGAAGAAUUACCCGUUAUGCCAGAAACAUUAAUUCAUUUGGAUAUCGCAUGGAAUCGUCUAAGUAUUAUUCCAUCAACAAUAGCUAAUUUGCCAAAUUUAUUAUUUUUGAAUAUUAGUGGAAAUGGUAUUGAUGCAAAUACACCAUUUCCUAUUAUAAGUUCAACGUUGCAAACUAUUGAUCUUAGUCGAAAUCGAUUUGAAUUUAUCCCACAAAAUUUAUUUACAAAUAGUGCACAACAAUUGAAGCAUCUUUUACUCAGUUAUAAUCGGAUCACACAACUGGAAACAUUAUUCUUUCAGAAUUAUACAAAUUUACUAAUAGUAAGUUUAAUGCUUUUCUUUGUUUUUGUUUUUUAA